UCAGCCUUUCUUCUCCGAAUUCCAUUCCUCCCUCUCUCUCUCUCUCAGUGAACAAACAAUGGAGUCCAAACCCUCAACCGGAUUCGGACCUUCCACUAGUCCACUCCUCUCCCUUUCCACCUUCAUCCACCAACACGUGUCCCGCCUCGGUACCGAAGCGAAACGGCUCGGUGCCGAAGCUAAACGGCUCGCCGACGGUUUUAUUCAGCAACCGUUUCCGGCGGCGGCGGUAGGGCAGAGUUGUUCGUUUCCGGCGAACUCUUAUCUUCCGUUUGCUUCGGUUUCGCAACAGCGUCAAGAGAAGGUUGCCGGUUUGAGUUCGGGUUAUGUGGCGAAGACAUUAGCUGGAACUUGUGUAUAUACUGUUAGCAAUUCUAAUAAUGAGUUUGUCCUUAUUUCGGACCCUAAUAGUGCUAAAUCAAUUGGAUUAUUGUGUUUCCGUAAAGAGGACGCCGAAGCAUUUCUUGCUCAGGUACGGUUGCGGAAGAAGGAAGUGAGAGGUGGAGCUAAGGUUGUUCCGUUGACACUUGAUCAGGUUUACAUGUUGAAGGUUGAAGGAAUCGCAUUUCGGUUUUUGCCAGAUCCUGUUCAAAUUAAGAAUGCAAUGGAGUUAAAAGCUUCUGAUGUAAAGACUGGAUUUGAUGGAGUCCCUGUUUUCCAGUCAGACCUCCUAGUUGUGAAAAAGAGAAACAGACGAUACUGUCCAAUAUAUUUCCGAAAGGAGGAUAUAGAAAAGGAGAUAUUGUCAAGGGCAUCUAGAGGAUCUGGUGUCUCUCAGCACAUUAUGGUAGGGACUUUGGAAGAUGUCCUGAAAAAAAUGGAGAUAAGUCAGAGAAAUUCUGGCUGGGAGGACCUUAUCUUUAUUCCCCCCGGUAAAAGCCAUUCACAGCACAUUCAAGAUGUCACAAAAGCAUGAAUUUCUUGGAAGCAACUUAUGUUUGAAACAAAUCAAAAUACAGGCAGGUUCACAUUCUCCUUUGCACUUGGCCGACCAGAAAAAUCCAAAUAGUUAAGCUCCGUACUGCUGGAAUAACUUAAAGAUACAUCAAGGAUCAAAUUUUGCUUGAAAAUUUAAUGGGGUAAUAUCUAACAUGUUGUACAUUAAAAGUCAAUGAAUUGGUAACCAGAGGCAUAAUUUACUUGGUGUCAUCUGUACAUUGCACAGUUUGAGUUGUUGAAUUAUGUUUGACUCGUCUACCAUAACUUCCAUCCAUUGAUGAGGUAAAUUUUGCUGGUAAUGCAUUCACUA